ACAGCGCGAGCGCGAGCGCGAGCAGCCGCCCUGCCUAGCUUAGCCUGGUGACUCGUAACGCCCGCGCGCUCCCUCUCGCUCCACCCAGCCAGUCACGAGGCGCGCGCAGGCAGCAGCAAUGGCCUUCUACUACGGCGUGAGCGGGCAGUCGUCGUCCGCGGCGGCGGCGUGGGCGGCGCCGCCGAGCAGCAGGCCGUGGACCAAGGCGGAGGACAAGGUCUUCGAGGGCGCGCUGGUGACGUUCCCGGAGCACGUGCCGAACCGGUGGACGCUGGUGGCGUCGCGGCUGCCGGGGCGCACCGCGCAGGAGGCCUGGGACCACUACCAGGCGCUGCUGACCGACGUCGACCUCAUCGAGCGCGGCAUGGUCGAGGCCCCGGACUCCUGGGACGAGGACGCGGCCGCCGGUGGGGGCCGCGGGGGCGCCGGCCGCGGCCGCGGGGCCGGGGGCGCCGACGAGCGCCGCCGCGGCGUGCCCUGGACCGAGGAGGAGCACAGGCUGUUUCUGGAAGGGCUCGAGAAGUACGGGCGCGGCGACUGGCGCAACAUCUCGCGGUGGUCGGUGAAGACGCGCACGCCGACGCAGGUGGCCAGCCACGCGCAGAAGUACUUCAUCCGCCAGGCCAGCGCCGGCAGCCGCGGCGACUCCAAGCGCAAGAGCAUCCACGACAUCACCACCCCGUGAUCGGGCCGUGGCCGUGGAGCACAACGAGCACAGAGCAGCAAAGAUCCAGCCCAGGCUAUCUGAUGAUCUGCCUGCAUUUAUCCUAUAGCUUCUACCUUUGCGAGACGGGGGAAAAAAACAGCCGUCCCUGUGGUUGUAGAUGUGUGGGCAAAAAUAAGCCAGCGGUUGGAAUCUAGCUAGCUAGCGUCUGGAACUUGUAUUAAGCGGUACUCUGGUAUAAUGGAAUAAACUGUGCUUGUGUGCAUCCUG